AUGGCUGCGAGCUACUCUUUCAAGUCACCGAGCUUACAGAUACCAGGUCAAUCCUCCGCCGGUCCAUCAACUCCCCGCCAUCCUUGGACCUCGCCACCCCUUUCCACUCCGACUCAUGGCCCUCCCAGAUCACCCCGUUUACAAUCAUCUCCGGUUUUGUUACAUCCUCUACCCCCCUCAAGAGCACUGGAGAGAGAGUCGAGAGUACAAUCAGAAUUAGAACUAGACAGACAAAUUCGUCAACGUCAACAAGAACGUGAACUCGCGGAAGCGUUACAAGAUCAAGAAUGGGAGAUUCAACGUGCUGCCGCUCGUCUGGACCCGAACGGGCUAUCAAUCUUCAGGAAUAAUAGUGGGAAAGGGAAGAGCGUACAUUUGGAGACAAAACCUUUUGCAAGACCCCCUCAAGCUUACGAAUUGUAUCAAGCUAUAGACAAACACGAUAUAGAUUUUAUCAUGCGGGUCAGGGAUCAUGCUUUCCCUUUGUUAUUGCAAAAGAGCGCGGGAGAAUUUCCUAUCGUUUAUGCGGCAAGGUUAGGAGACAAACAUAGAGAUGUGGUCAUACUGCUCAUUGGAGCUUUGUCUCGGUUAGUCCCAUCUUUUACUAGCGGCUCGAAUGACAUAGCUGACGGUGGCAGGUAUGUGAAUCAUCUGGAUAAAGAAGAUUUUGAGAAGAAAGAAAUCAAAAACACUCUCAAAGCUCUUAGAGGGAAUCUCAAAUUAGCUAUCGACAAUGCCCUCCUUCCCGGUUACUCCCCAACGCUACUGUCAUCGUAUUUGCAGGUUCUCAUCAUGUCUGAAGGCGAUGCCUUCCUUCAUAAAUCCACAUACGAGAUAUCACUCCUCUUACGAGAUCCAGAGGGUUCACCUGUCAAAGCGGCGGAACAACUUGUAAGACAAUUCUGUACGAAAGAGCUUAGAGGGGUGCAAGGAGGGAUACAUGACGUUGAGGAGUAUGUGGCGAAUGCUGCUUUGGAUUUGGUCAUCAUGGCCACAUGGAGUUUGGCCGCUCAACAGCUCGAUGUGGAUCCUCUACCUACGCAUACAUUUGCAAGAGAUUUGAGGACAUACCAGGAGAUGGUGGAAGCGACGGAAGUCAAUCGGAGCAAGAUGGUCAAAUGCACGAAACGAGUGCGACAUCUACUGGACGUCCUGCAGGACCUGGGGGGAGAUACCAAGAAGGGAGUACAGGGUAGACUCAAGGAUGUGGAAAAGGCUCUGGACGCGGGGAUGAGAUGA